CUAUUUAGACGAUCUUUGUGUGAGGAUCAGUUGGUGGAGGAAAGCUCCUCUCCCGCUGACGCUAUGAUAGAGCUACUGGACGCCGCUUUCCGUUUCUCCUGCUGACCUCUGCCUUUGGGACAGUUUACUGACGAGUUUUGUUUUUGGCGGACUCACACACACACAAAAAAAGAGUUAUUUAUGAGCGCCUUUCGUCCACUUCUUUCUGGUAGCUGCUGGCCUCGGAGGCUAGCUGGCUAAGCGGAGCGGUGACCGAGUGGAGCCAGCUGGUCGAACGCAGAAGCGUUAGCGACCAAGCUAAUUAGCCAGGAGCACCGGGCUUGGAUUACUGUUUUUAACCCCAAACAGAGCCGGGCUGCGGGCUCUCUGCACUGCGGAGAAACAUGAAAAUAACCGUAGAAUUUGAGGAAUGUCUGAAAGACUCCCCACGCUUCAGAGCAACCAUAGAGGAAGUGGAGGGGGAUGUGUGCGAGUUGGAAUCUAAGCUCGACAAACUGGUGAAGUUGUGCAUUGGAAUGAUUGAUGCAGGAAAAGCCUACAACGCAGCAAACAAACAUUUUGUUAAUGGGAUCCGGGAGCUAGCCCAGCAAUCUGCCAAAGAUGAAGUCAUCGAGUCCAGCCUCACAAAGUUUGCAGAGAGUCUGCAGGAGAUGAUCAACUAUCACACGAUAUUGUUUGAUCAGGCACAGAGAUCAAUCAAGACUCAGCUGCAAACAUUCGUGAAAGAUGACCUGCGAAUGUUUAAAGAAGCCAAGAAACAAUUUGACAAAGUUAGUGAGGAAAAGGAGGCUGCGCUCAUCAAGAACGCCCAGGCUCCUCGCAACAAGCAGCAUGAGGUGGAGGAGGCCACCAACAUCCUCACCGCCACACGCAAAUGUUUCCGACACAUCGUUCUCGACUACGUCUUACAGAUAAAUGUCCUACAGUCUAAGAGAAGAUCAGAAAUCCUGAAAUCGAUGCUGUCCUUCAUGUACGCCCAUCUGACAUUCUUCCAUCAAGGAUAUGACCUCUUCAGUGAACUGCAGCCUCUUAUGAAGCAGCUGGGCGGGCAGUUGGACCAGCUGGUGGUCGAUGCUGCCAAAGAGAAGAGGGACAUGGAGCAGAAGCACUCCACCAUCCAACAAAAGGCUGCUCUGCAGGAGGCGACAGAGCUUGACUUUUUACCAGACCAUCGCAGCUUUUGUGCCUGGAGGUCGAACUCUGAUUUCUCAACUGAUGACACCAAGCUGGAAUACAAUGUGGAUGCAGACCAUGGCAUUGCAAUGGAAGGUUAUCUGUUCAAGAGGGCCAGUAAUGCUUUUAAGACCUGGAACAGGCGCUGGUUCUCCAUCCAAAACAAUCAGCUAGUUUACCAGAAGAAAUUUAAGGACAACCCAACAGUAGUGGUAGAAGACCUGAGGCUAUGCACAGUCAAACACUGCGAGGACAUCGAGCGGCGCUUCUGUUUUGAAGUAGUUUCUCCCACAAAGAGCUGUAUGAUGCAGGCCGACUCAGAGAAGCUGCGGCAGGCUUGGAUCAAAGCCGUCCAGAACAGCAUCGCCACCGCCUUCCGCGACAAGGGAGAUAACGGAGAGAAGCUGGACAGGAAGUCUUCCACAUCAACAGGGAGUCUGGACUCCGGAGGGGAGCCCAAGGAGAGGUCACUGAAAGGCGAGAGCGCCCUGCAGAAGGUCCUGGCCAUUCCUGGCAACGCCUGCUGCUGUGACUGCGGCCAGCCGGACCCACGCUGGGCCAGCAUCAACCUGGGCAUCACUCUCUGCAUCCAGUGCUCCGGCAUCCACAGGAGUCUGGGGGUUCAUUUCUCCAAGGUUCGGUCUUUGACUUUGGAUUCAUGGGAGCCGGAACUGCUUAAGUUGAUGUGUGAGCUGGGAAACAAAGCGAUCAAUCAGAUAUAUGAAGCCAGACGAGGAGAGCUAGGAGCCAGGAAACCCCAACCAGGAGACCCCAGACACGAGGUGGAGGCUUACAUCAAAGCCAAAUAUGUGGAUCGGCGCUACGUCCGCCGGCCGUCAGACGAAGAGCUUAGAAACAAAGUGGUUUCUCUGAGCAAACAGGAGAAGAGGCUGAGCAGCAGCUCCGACCAUCUGCCUCCAAAACCGCCCCCCUCUACACCCAAACUCCGCCCAGGCUCUCAGGUCUCAGGACAGUCGGCUGCUGCCUGCGGCGUAGAGACCCGCCGUGACUCUCUCUUCUGUCCCGAUGAGCUUGACUCGCUCUUCUCCUACUUUGACACCUCCUCCAAGCUCAGGAGCAUGAAGAGCGCCGACAGCGGCAUUCAGAACAGCGCUGAUGGGAGCAGGGAGAUGCUAGUUCCCGUUGCAUCCAGUAACAGCCUGGCAGACGCAGAAGCUGCAGAGCCUCCACCCAUGCCCGCCACUCUCCCGGCAGCAGCGGCGGCGGCGGCAUCCUGUAAGGAGGUGGUCUUCUACGAGCCAAAGGAGUACAGCCCGGGGCUGCAGCUCUACUGGGCCUCAUUCGCCCGCAGCCUGCCGGACAUGGCUGAGGCUCUGGCCCACGGCGCCGAGGUCAACUGGGUCAACACCGAGGAGGACAAGAGGACGCCGCUGAUCAUGGCGGUGCACGGGGGCUCGCUGGUCACCUGCGAGUUCCUGCUCCAAAAUGCAGCCAAUGUGAACCAGCUGGACGCUCAGGGCCGAGGACCGCUGCACCACGCCACCAUGCUGGGGCACACAGGCCAAGUGUGUUUGUUCUUGAAAAGAGGAGCCAAUCAGAACGCUGCAGAUAUCGAUGAGAAGACGCCCCUCAGCAUCGCAGUGGAGGCAGCAAACGCAGACAUCGUCACCUUGUUGCGGUUGGCCAAGAUGAACGAAGAGAUGCGGGAGGCGGAGGGGCCCUACAACCCAUCAGGGGAUGAAACCUACCAGGACAUCUUCCAGGAUUUCACCCACAUGGCCUCGAACGACCCGGACAAGCUCAACCGCUACCAGCAGUACGACCCUCAGAGACCCUGAUGCUGCAGAAGCGCCGCUGCAGCAGAGGUCAGGCUUUCAGCACUAGAGAAACCUCCGCUUUCCUCACAGGAUCAUUCAGACAGGUCCUUCAGUUUGACCCUCUGCAGUCGGCCAAUGGUACAGUGUUAAAAAGGAUCUUUGUGUGCGAAUGUGGAGCAGGCGUCGCUCUGUGACUAAGUUGAACUCCUCCCGUCCUGAUGCGUGAAAAGGCUGCAUGAGAGAGGUUCUGAAUGACUGCUAAAAAAAGAAAAGCCCUGUUUGUGCCGUGGAACAUCAGCACGUUUAUCCUGCACCCAUUUUUACUGGAUUUGCACCAGUGUCCUGAAAGCAACCUUUUAAAUACGCGAUUUUAAAGCAGCGAUUGAAUCGGGAUUGUAAACGAUGAGUUUUAAUGUGCCUGUAGACUGUGAGGUCAGAAGGGUCGGGGGAAACGUUUCACCUUUAAACUCGUGAGCCUAAAUGUUGUGGAUAGUUAAGAAAACAUCAGGGUUUUAAUUAUUUUUUUUUUACUUGAUCUUUUUUCUGUUUUUGUUCCUGUGUGCAACUCAGCCAAACUCUGUUUAUUGAAGCAUCUUUUGUUGGAAACGCUAAAACAUCACUGAUAAAGCAUUAAGAAAACAGGCCAGACAGCAAUGAAAGGGUGAAAAAAAAAACUUCCCGUCUUCCACAUUUCUGCAAAAAAAAAAGUGCUUUCAUGUCUUUAUUUCUGCAUUUAUU